UAUUCCCAUAGAUCUACAUAACUUUGUUAUGGUCAUUGUUAUGGUUCGUGAGUUAAUGUGAUGUUCAGGCAUACUGUUCUAACUUUAGUCACCUUGCAUUUGCCCUGAACAGCGCAAAUAUGACGAGUAGUGUGAGGAGUAGAAGUGAGAUUCGGACGGAAGAGGAGGCUAUGAUUAACCAAAGGUUACCUAAGGAAGAUAUACUUAGGGUAUUUUCGUAUCUUGAUGUAGUCAGCCUGUGUAGAUGUGCACAAGUAUCAAAGUCCUGGAAUAUUCUUGCUCUAGAUGGCAGCAACUGGCAGAAAGUGGAUUUAUUUAACUUCCAGACGGAUAUAGAGGGGCCAGUUGUGGAGCACAUAUCAAAACGAUGUGGAGGCUUUCUCAAGAACCUUAGUUUACACGGAUGCAAGAGUGUCACUGACGAUGCCUUGAACACAUUUGCAGACAACUGCAGAAAUAUAGAAGUACUGAACUUAGAAGACUGUAAACGAAUUACAGAUCAUACAGCGCAGAGUCUUAGCAGAUAUAGCAAGAAGCUUAGCCAGUUGAAUAUGGUAUCCUGCACAGCAAUCACAGACAAUGCACUCAAGUCUCUCAGUGAUGGCUGCCAUCUUCUAAGUCAUCUCAAUAUCUCGUGGUGUGACCAAAUUAGCGACAACGGCAUCGAAGCCCUGGUCAGAGGUUGUUCUCACAUCAAGGUCCUUAUCCUCAAGGGUUGUCAUUCGAUAACAGACGAGGGUAUCACACACAUAGGCAGCCAUUGUAAGAAUCUAACCACACUUAAUGUCCAAGGUUGUGUACUGAUCAGUGAUGAUGGUAUGAUAGCUCUAGCCAAGGGUUGUAGAACGUUGCAAUCACUGUGUGUAUCAGGCUGCACUCACCUUACAGAUAACACACUCAGUGCAUUUAGUCAAUUUUGUCCUAAAAUCAAAACGUUAGAGGUGUCAGGUUGUUCACAAUUCACAGACAACGGCUUCCAAGCCCUAGCCAGGACAUGUAUAGACCUAGAAAGAAUGGAUCUAGAAGAAUGUGUUCUUAUUACAGACACUGCAUUAAGUUAUCUAGCUUUAGGAUGCCCCAUGCUACAGAAGCUGACAUUAUCCCAUUGUGAGCUGAUCACAGACGAAGGCAUCCGUCACAUCGGUACUAGCGGCUGCUCUACAGAACACCUCCAGGUCAUUGAGCUGGACAACUGUCCUCUCAUCACAGACUCCUCACUAGAACACUUGAUGGGUUGCCAAGGGUUACAGCGGAUAGAGCUGUACGACUGUCAGCUCAUUACUAGGGCUGGCAUCAGGAGACUAAGGACUCAGCUGCCUAACGUGAAGGUCCACGCCUACUUUGCACCUGUCACGCCCCCUCCAUCAGUGGGCGGAGUCAGACCCCGGUACUGUAGAUGUUGUACUAUAUUGUAGAGACUUCUUGACCGGUACAGUCUGUCCACUGAACAUUUAACCAGCACAUGCAGUCUCUGACUGAACGCUUGACCAGUGCUGACUGAACGCUGCCACUGAAUGCUUGACCAUCCACUCCUUGCUCACAUAGAAUGGAACAUGAACCAUGGAGACGGAGAAGGGUUGCUCCCCUAACAGUGCUUUGAUGUGUGAGUAAUACUGAAAUCGGGCUACUAAGACUCUAUUAAAGCAGAAGGCCGGAAGCCAGACCAGAUGAUUUUCUCGCUACUUGGAUGCGUGCAGUUCCCAACCCAGUGGCACUGAUACAGAAGGAGAGCCUGUGUGUUACCAGAGAUUUUCUUAGACGGUUCUGGAGGUAUAUGCAUCUGUGGUCUUCACCACAAGCCUGGGUUAUUCAGUGCAUGACAUCAAUAGCUAAUAUUUAUCGCAGUUCUCAUUUAGUUGCUCUCUUAGA